AUGUCUCAGUCUAUUUCACCAGCUGUUGUUCGCCGCGUCAUGCGCGAGUUGAGUGAGCUCGAAAACAGCCCACCGGAAGGCAUUCGGAUUCAGGAAAAUGAGGAGGAUAUGUUGGACGUUACAGGAAUCAUCGAAGGACCAGAGGGCACACCGUACGCGGGAGGUUAUUUCAGGGUCAAGUUCAAGUUUACGGAAGAAUUUCCAGCCGCUCCGCCAAAAUGUUGGUUCGCCACAAAGAUUUUUCACCCCAACGUGGGUCCAACUGGCGAAAUUUGCGUAAAUACUCUGAAGAAAGACUGGAAGUCAACCUAUGGCAUUGGGCAUAUUCUGGUUACCGUCAAAUGCCUUCUCAUUUAUCCCAAUCCCGAGUCCGCUUUAGACGAGGAAGCCGGCAAGCUUCUAUUGGAAGAUUACGAUAGUUACUGCAGCAGAGCCAAACUCAUCACCAGUGUCCAUGCCACACCCCGCGUCAAGCCUGCUGAAUUCAACAAACCUUCGGCCACCGAGGAUGAAACUCCCUCCGCAUCAUCCGCAAAAGAUGGAUCAAGUUCUACUACACCUUCUGUGGCUUCGACUUCCAAAACUACCACAACACCCUCCAUUUCUGUCUCUGUCUCUGUCUCUGUCUCACCAACCAAGGCCCAGUCUACCACUCCCUCGACAACUUUCUCUGUUCCAGUUAUCACUCGCAAAGGCGCUUCGCCGGCCCCUCAGAUAUCUUUGAAAGCUUCUUUGUCAUCCGAAAAAGAAGGCGGGUUGGGUGCAGGACCGCAUAAAGAUUUGAAAGAGCGUCAUCCAUCACCUUCGCCUUUAGGAACUGCGGAUGCGAAUGUGGGCGGAAAGCCUGGAAUGGGUGUAGGCAUGGGCAUGGCGUCUACAGCUGGAAUGGCUGGUAUCACAGGCACCAAGGCUGUCAAGAGAGCUGCCACUAACUCAGCCACAACAGGGGCAGAAAAGAGGAAGAAGGCACUGAAGAGAUUGUAG